CCGACAUGUAGAUGUAGCAAUUGUGAAGCUCAGUUAAAAAUAAUACAUGUCUGGAAAGGAAGGUGAAAAAUUGGUUUAAAUUAAAGGUAAAAGUGGAGUGAUAAAGGAAAGAUAUAACGAAAAGGAGAAAUGACGUUUAAGAAGAUACUGUUUGUGUGCAUGGGCAACUCUUGCAGCUCGCCAAUGGCCGAGGUGAUCAUGCAGAAUCUGAUGGUCAAGACGAGCCUCUACUGGGAAGUGGACAGCGCUGGAUUGAGGACUUGGAACACCGGACGGAGACCCCACAAAAAAUGUUUGCAAAUUCUGCGCGAGCAUGGACUGCGAUCCGAUCACUUUUGUCGUCAGUUUACUGUGAAUGACUUUAGGUACUUUGACUAUGUUGUGGCCAUGGACGAGGCCGUGUUCAAAGAAUUGCUGCUCUGGGGUAGUGGGAAUCCAGCAAACAAGGACUGCCAUGUGCUUCUUUUGAGUUCUUUUGGUAAGAAUGGACUGCCAGCUUUUAUAGAAAGCUUGUCGCCGACACACAAGCUGAAGAACUUCCGGUGUGCUUACUACCAGAUCAAGGAGUGCUGCAAGCAGCUCAUCCUCAGCCAAAAGGUGGACAUUGUCAAGUACGAACUGCCUAGUUCUGAGGAUGAAGAUCUAUACUACGCCAACAAGGAGAAGGCGACUCAGGAGCUCGACUCGGUGGAUCCGAUGCCAGAAUCAAGCAAUGGCAGUGGUCUGUACAUUCUGCCACCGGAGGUGAGAUCUCAGUCGUCGUCAACCGAUCCAUCCUACUCAAAGGCCUUGGAAAACUCGCUUCUUCCCCCGGCGAUGCCCUCCUGCUCCCAGGGAACUCAGCGAAAAUUGUGCCGGAAAUGCGGACAAAAAUUUCUUGCGGCGCUUUAAAUUUUUUUUUUAAUAGUACUCAAACGGAGGCAAUUUGAAAAGCCUUCCGACCAUGCCCUUAGACUAUGUACCGUAUGAAUCUUAAAGUGAAUUGGUGGAAACAUUAAACUGACUGUUAUCUGGCA